AUGCGUUUAUUCCAGACUAUCCUCGGAGUGGUUCUCGCCAAGCCUCUCAUUGCGGCGCAAUUACCUUCAGCCAUGGAGCAAUCUCUCGCCAAUGGCGGCCCUCACCGGGACAGUUUCUACGACUUACCCCCUCUCGCCGACCCCAGCCUGGUACAGCCCGGAAUACUCCUCAAAGCCCAAGCAUUCACCAAAUUGACUCCUUUUUCCGUUCCACCAAACACGGCACUCUCGCGCAUCCUAUAUACGACUAACAAUCUAAACGGCACCCAGCAGUUCCCAGCUGGACUUUUCGCCACGGCUGGACCGUCGUCCCAUAGAGCCCUCUGGUAUAGACAUCAGAGCCCUUUCACGCUCGCAGAGGCCGGCUUCGCCGUUGUGGCACCCCACUUCAACCUGAGUAUGUGGUUGACUCCCCUCGGGUUCGCGCGGACGGAGCUCCUCCGGGAGAUCGAGGGCGGUAUCAGCGUAUCGGCGCAGCUGUACCUCUCGGGGGAACAUAUCGUCCAGGACGGCUGGAACGAGGCGUGGUAUGCUGACGCUUACGCAAGUCUCGCCAACCCCGGGCGCAAGACGUUCAGGGGUCGCAUGUUGGUGCUGCAGGGCACGAACGAUAUUUAUGUCUCAUACGAGGUCAUGGCGGCUACGGUGCAGGAUACCUGCGCAUCGUACCCGGACAACGAUCUUGAGUUCAUUGUGGUGAACGGCGUGGGGCAUGUACCGAACUUGGAUGCUACGAGGCGGACUUGGAUCGAGUGGAUUGAUGAUCGGUUUGCGGGUCAAGAGAUCGAAAACAAGGGGUGUGGUGUUAAAGAGGAUAGGAAGAGUUUCUUGCCGAUUGAGAGGUACUUGUUAAUGGACAACUCGUUUACGCAGUGGGCAGGGGCACCGGAGUAUAGCUAUGAAUUGCCUCUGGCUGCUUGA